AUGCCCAUCGGCAGCGAGGCCCCGGUCGAUCCGACGGCGGCGCGGUGGGAAUGCGAAUGGCCCGCCGACGCGACCAGCCUUACUUCAUCGGAGAGAGCGGAUUGGGCCCUAUCUACAACUGAGAAGAUCUCCGUGCAUGCCGACGGCAAUGGGACCGCAAGCCCACUUCCUCCAGGGCCCCGGCAGACGUGUUAUCGAUUCUCUGAAUUUCUGAUUGCCAUUUGUUCAAGUGGUGUGGGGAAGUCGUGGCUGCUGCUGCAGUUCACGUACAAGCGCUUCAACCCGUGCACGACCUCAGCCCGCUGCAAUACAUCUGAUUGGUCACAAGCACGGUAA